GGUUAAUGCCUCUGGGGAGCCAGGAGUCUUCAGACAGCCUCGCAGCAGAGAUUGUUACACCCGAAAUCAGGGAGAAACUUAUUCGUCUUCAGCAUGAGAAUAAGAUGUUAAAAAUCAAUCAGGAAGGGUCAGACAAUGAGAAAAUCGCCUUAUUGCAGAGCCUUCUGGAUGAUGCAAACCUGCGCAAGAAUGAGCUGGAGACAGAGAACAGGCUUGUGAAUCAGAGACUUCUAGAAGUACAGUCACAAGUAGAAGAACUACAAAAGUCUUUGCAAGAUCAAGGCUCAAAAGCAGAAGAUUCAGUUCUUCUAAAAAAGAAGCUUGAAGAACAUCUAGAGAAGCUGCAUGAAGCCAACAAUGAAUUACAGAAAAAGAGAGCCAUUAUUGAAGAUCUUGAGCCAAGAUUUAACAACAGCUCCUUAAGAAUUGAAGAACUGCAAGAAGCUUUACGGAAGAAAGAAGAAGAAAUGAAACAAAUGGAAGAACGCUAUAAAAAAUAUUUAGAGAAAGCCAAAAGUGUUAUCCGUACAUUAGACCCUAAACAGAAUCAAGGAGCAGCACCAGAAAUACAAGCUCUUAAAAACCAACUACAAGAACGGGAUCGGCUGUUUCACUCAUUAGAGAAAGAAUAUGAGAAAACAAAGAGUCAAAGAGACAUGGAGGAGAAGUACAUUGUUAGUGCCUGGUACAAUAUGGGAAUGACUCUACAUAAAAAGGCGGCUGAAGACAGACUGGCUAGCACAGGUUCAGGGCAGUCAUUUCUAGCUAGGCAAAGACAAGCAACCAGCACAAGAAGAUCCUACCCAGGCCAUGUCCAGCCAGCCACAGCAAGGUAGAGAGGUCUUACCAUGAGGAAUUUUUAAAAAGCAUACUUCUGUUAUAUAUAACAACAUUUCAGGAAAUUCAGCCAGCUUAGUUUAUUUCUCUCCUGUGUUAAUAUUUAGUGUUUCUCGUGUGAGGAUUUUUCUCUCUCUUAUAUCUUUUAGUUUCUUUGGCCCUUACUUUAUGGUCUUUUCAGUUCCUUUUAAUGUGCCAAAAAUUUGUAAAUGUACAAUUAAAAGUGUUGUAUAAUAGUGUAAUACUUUUCUUUGUAUGAAAUGUCUUCUUCCCCAUUUGUGUGGGCUUUGUAAAGAAUCAGAUUUUCUGCCAAUAAUUGAUACACAAUUUAUAUUCUUUAUCGUGCCUACUGUGUUACCAUACUUUAUAAGAACGUCUUUGUUUAAAGGGAAUUAAUCUUUUUAUGGUGUAUUAAUCUGUGUUUUCGAUUGUUUUCCAAAUGCACUUCAGAUAACUUAAAUAUUUACUGUACUAUAUGAAGUGGUGUCAAGUGCACUUUUUGCAAAGACAACUACAUCGGCAGAGGUGCUGGUUAGAGAGAUCUGUGGCACCUGGCAGGAUCAUUCAGAGGGGAGAAAUUAGACUUCUUCUAAGAUUUGGAGUUUGUUUUGAAAACAUAUGUAAAAUUUCAUUAUUUCCUGCUGUCUUGUUUGCUGGCAGAAGUGAAAUGGCGCAGAUAUUUGGGUAGAAAAUACAAAGGAUAAAAUUUGGCCGGAUUUUUUUUUUCUUCUCUUGGAAUAUCAUGAAUAGCUAAGAAUCAGAUUCUAACCAUGCACUUUUAAUUGCUCUCCACAUGUAAAAUAUUUAUUUUUCAUAUAGGUAGCCUUAUUUUGGGGGCAGUUCUUUGACUUAAGCCUCAAAUGUUUUAUAGAUUCUGUGAGCUUUUCCUUUUCUCAGUUAAUCCUGAUAGCUAACGUCUUAAUAUCACUCCUUAAGAUCAGUAUGUGACUUUCUGUAUGUAAUAUUAUGAUAGGACCCCUUACAGUUUCUCUCUACUCUCCCUACAAGUCCAAGAACUGAUAACAGGAGAGAUUUUUCUUGGGUAUUUGGUUGUUCAAAGUGCUUACAUUGUAUGCCACAUUUAUUUACAUAGAUGAAUGCCUGUUAAGCAAUCAUAUGAAGCACCUUGUCUAAGGAAUUAUAUAAUUUUAAAC